AUGUCUAGUGAAGAACAGUCUAUUGUCGAAGGUUCAAACCAGGUAAGUAAACCAUUGCUUAGAGUAAAGCUAUUGGAAGCAUUGGGCCAGGGGAACUUUAAGCUGUUGGAGACUCUUGUUGAUAGCGAAUUUCAGCCCAGAGAUGACCCAUCUGUGCAACAAGUUCUUAAUUUGUUGCUACACUACGCUGUCCAAGUAGCUCCUAUUCUCCUUAUUAAGGAAAUUGUUGCCCACUGGGUAGACCAGGCUGAUGAAGACGAAAGGGCGGGUAAAACUAGCGGUAAAAUUUGCUUAGAUUUGAACUAUCAGGAUGAAAACGGCAAUACACCGUUGCAUCUAGCUGCUGCUCAAUCCCGUUCUGAUGUAAUUAGCUUCCUUCUUAGCCAGAAAUCUAUUAAUGAUUGUAUCAAGAAUAACGCUAACUUGCAACCUAUAUAUAUGUGCAAAGAUUUGAAUGUAGCGCAAAUGAUGCAGUUGAAAAGAGACGAAUAUUUUGUGGAAACGGUUAAUUCUUUAAGAGCUGCCAUAGAGAGCAGAGACUUUACGAAACUGGAUUUGAUUUGGAAAAGUCCAAGAAAUUUGAAUAUGUUAGAUAUUAAUGGAAUAGAUCCCGAAACUGGCAAGACAUUAUUAUAUGAAUACUCUGAAAAAAAGGACAUUGACAUGUGUCAAUGGUUGCUAGAAAAUGGUGCAGAAGCAAGAAUUAAGGACGCAAAAGGAAGAUCGCCCUUGGAUUUAGUGAAAAACGUAAAAUUACCUGCUAAAUCCUCUAACAAUGUUAAGGUUACUCCUGAACUUAAAUUGAAGAGUCUGCUUGAAAAAAAUUUGAAAGAACGAUCUGUUCACGAAAACGUUUCAUUAAUCAAGCCUCCAACAUAUAAGGGGUUUUUAAAAAAGUGGACGAAUUUUGCGCAUGGUUACAAAUUGCGUUGGUUUAUUUUGACUGGCGACGGAAAUCUGUCAUAUUACAAAGACCAAUCGCAUACUGAUAAACCUCGUGGUACCUUGAAAGUUUCCGCUUGUCGUUUACAUAUUGAUUCUUCAGAGAAAUUGAACUUCGAGUUGCUGGGUGGUGUUAAUGGUACUACCAGAUGGCGAUUAAAGGGCAAUCAUCCUGUCGAAACUACUAGAUGGGUCAGUGAAAUUCAAAGCGCUGUCAGGUUCGCCAAAGACAAAGAGAUGUUAAAGAGAAAAAAAGCUGUGCCACCAUCGUUAGCUAUAAAAAACAAAUCACCGGCCCUUAUAUCGCAUUCCAAAACACAAAGCUCUCCUCCUGAAGUCUCGCAGGGCCAUCAACACGCUUUGCGUAAGGAAUCGAUUCAACCUUCCUCUACCAGUCUGUACCGGAGACCAAGCAAUAACCUAUCUGUUGCAUCUAACGAAAUUCAAUUGAACGAUAAUUUAACUGAAUCAGGUAAGCGCUUUGUCAGUAAAAUGAUUGAAAAUCGAUUGGACGGUAGUAAAACUCCUGUGGCAGUUCACACAGGUUCUGCAUUGCAAAGGAUUUACAGUAAUAACACCUCAAAAAGUAAUAGAAGUAUCCGAAGUGCUUCAGGCGUAACAAGCCCUGUGGAUAAGGCUCCAAAUAGCAGUAAUAAUACAAACAAUAAUAGCGUUAAUAUGAGCCAAGUCAACACAGCAGCAGGAUCCACCACUUCUUUAAGUGACAAUAACUUUAUUGCUAAUUUUGAAGGCGACGAAGCAAAUUCAGAUGACGACGAGGAAGAUCUUGGAAUAAACUUUGAUCGUGAUGAAGAAUACAUAAAAGUACAAUAUGGGCCCUACAAAGAGAAACUUGACAUGUAUGAACAGGCAAUCAGUAUUGAGUUGAGUUCUUUGAUUGAAUUAGUUGAUCAAGAGGAGCCGAGCCCCGAAGUUUGGCUUACAGUAAAAAGAAGUCUUAUCAAUACAUCAACUAUCUUUGCCGAAUUGAGAAAUUUGAUUUCUAAAAGAGACAAAAGACUGGUAGGCAUGGUUUCUAAACAAGGCGAUGUCAACAAUGUUUGGAUACAGUCUGUCAAGGAGCUAGAGAUUGAGCUAUCUAGCAAAACCGAACGUCUGGCUUCGAUUGAUAAGGAAAGAAGAAGUUUAAAAAAGAUUCUCCAUAAUAAACUGCUGGAAUCACAGACCCCCGUUAAUAAAAAAGAACACUUGCAAUUUGACGAAGAACGAGAAUCGAAUACAACUGCAAGUACACUAGGUCAAAUUGCAAAAUUCAUUAGUGCUACAAAGGAAGAAGAUGAAGCGAAUGAUGCCGAUGAAUUUUAUGAUGCUGAAGAAUUAGCUGAUGAGGUGGCAGAAUUAACAGAGGCUCAUCCGGAAACCUCAAUGGUAGCAGCUCCCACGCAUGCUGCUCCUCUCGUUCCAAAUAGAGCGGCUAACGAAAGCCAACAUCUCGAGGACGAAGACGGGAAAACAGAAAUAAAGGACGAAAAAACAAGCCAAAACUUAGGAAAACAAGAUAUUUUAGCGGCGGAAGAGGAAAAAGAAAGUGAACAAUCAUCGAAGGAUGUCAUAGAAAAAGACAAGGAAAGUCAAAUAAUGGAGAAAACCAAAGAGGUAGCAUCCUCAUUUACCGCUGAUAGAAAUAUUGUUGCAGUCACCACAGUGCAAAAGAGAAAAGAAGAAUAUUUACUCAGUGAGGGGUCCUAUCUUGGUUAUGAAGAUGGUGUAAGAAAAAGACUAUCCAUGGAUAAGGAUGAACGACCCAAAAUUAGUCUUUGGGCUGUUUUGAAGUCCAUGGUGGGUAAAGAUAUGACAAGAAUGACAUUACCUGUUACUUUCAAUGAACCUACAUCUCUUCUGCAAAGAGUCGCAGAAGAUUUGGAAUAUUCUGAACUUUUGGAUCAAGCUGCAACGUUUGAGGACUCGUCUUUGAGAACUCUAUAUGUGGCCGCCUUUACAGCAUCUUUGUACGCCUCUACCACCAAGAGAGUUGCAAAACCCUUUAACCCACUCUUGGGCGAAACAUUUGAAUAUGCUCGACCAGACAAACAAUACAGAUUUUUCACUGAGCAAGUUUCUCAUCAUCCACCUAUCUCUGCGACAUGGACAGAAUCGCCAAGAUGGGAUUUCUGGGGUGAGUCGUUCGUUGAUACGAAAUUCAAUGGUAGAUCUUUCAAUGUUAAGCAUUUGGGUCUAUGGAACAUUAGCCUGCGUCCUGAUAAUAAUGACAAAGAAGAGUUGUAUACUUGGAAGAAGCCAAACAAUACAGUUAUAGGUAUUCUUGUUGGUAACCCCCAGGUUGAUAACCAUGGUGAGGUUAAUGUUGUCAAUCAUACAACGGGUGAUCACUGCAAGCUGUAUUUCAAAGCAAGAGGUUGGAGGUCAUCAGGAGCAUAUGAAAUCACAGGUGAAGUCUACAACAAGAAGAAACAGAAAACAUGGAUACUGGGAGGUCAUUGGAAUGAGGCUAUGUUUGCUAAGAAGGUAGUGAAAAAUAGUGAUCUCUCGCUGGAGAAGACCAAAACCGCGGCAUCGGUAGGGAAUGGGCCAACAAACGACGGGACAAAAUUCUUGAUAUGGAAGGCAAAUGACCGUCCCGAGGAGCCAUUCAAUUUGACCCCUUUUGCGAUAACUUUGAAUGCCCCACAACCACAUUUGCUGCCAUGGUUAGCCCCAACAGAUACACGUUUCAGACCAGAUCAGAGAGCUAUGGAAGAUGGACGUUAUGACGAUGCCGGUGAUGAGAAAUCGAGGGUAGAGGACAAGCAAAGAGCAGCACGCAAAAAGAGAGAUGAAAAGAACAUUGAAUACCAUCCACAGUGGUUCGUUAAGGAAACUCAUCCUAUCACAAAAACCAAAUAUUGGAAAUAUACAGGAAAAUACUGGGCAAGGAGAAAAAAUCAUGACUUGAAAGAUUGUGGUGAUAUAUUUUAG